AAACAGACUUUUUUUUCUCCCCGUUAGGAUGGCAAGCUUCAAUGAAAAGUGGGAGUCUGUCUUAUAUUUUACAAUGCAAUCGUUUGCCUGUGCAGUUGUUGAGGCAAGUGAGAGUUUAUACCUCCAAUGGUCAGAAAAAAGAUCUUGGAUCAGAAGAUACAAGUGGAUCAACCCCUAAAGAAAACCUGCAAAAAAUUGGAACAGGACAAGAUACGACCAAUGCAGGCCAGAAACAGUCUUUCCUUAAAGAGCCAAUCCAAGUGAAAGUGAAAGCAGUCCUUAAAAAAAGAGAGUAUGGACCAAAAUACACACAGAAUAACUUCAUCACUGGAGUCAGAGCAAUAAAUGAGUUUUGUCUGAAAUCCAGUGAUUUAGACCAGCUGAGGAAAAUUAAAAGACGAAGCCCCCAUGAUGACACUGAGACUUUCACUGUGUACCUGAGAUCGGAUGUAGAGGCAAAGUCUCUUGAAGUUUGGGGUAGUCCAGAGGCACUUGCUAGAGAAAGGAAACGCCGUAAAGAAGCAGAGAUCAAGUACAGAGAAAAUCUAUUUAGAAACCAAAGGCUGUUGUGGGAAUACAAGGAGUUCUUUGGAAAUACUAAGCCACGCUCCAGUGCAGCAGCUAUGUUUUUCAAGGGACCAGGGAAGGUGGUAAUGGUAGCUAUUUGCAUAAAUGGCUUGAACUUUUUCUUUAAGCUGCUUGCUUGGGUUUACACGGGUUCUGCAAGUAUGUUUUCAGAAGCCAUACAUUCUUUAGCAGACACAUGUAACCAGGCAUUGCUAGCUUUGGGCAUCAGUCAGUCUGCAAGGACGCCUGACCCUAGUCAUCCGUAUGGUUUCACAAACAUGCGCUAUAUUGCCUCCCUGAUCAGUGGGGUGGGCAUAUUCAUGAUGGGUGCAGGACUUUCUUGGUAUCAUGGGAUCAUAGGUUUGCUCCACCCUCAUCCUAUAGAAUCUCUUCUCUGGGCAUACUGCAUUUUAGCAGGGUCAUUGGUGUCUGAAGGAGCUACCCUUUUGGUUGCUAUAAAUGAAAUUCGCAAGAGUGCUCGAGCCAAGGGCCUGUCAUUUUAUCAAUAUGUUGUGCAGAGUCGUGAUCCUAGUACUAAUGUGGUGUUACUGGAGGACGCUGCAGCAGUUCUGAGUGUGGCUGUGGCUGCUACCUGUAUGGGCCUGACUUCUUUAACAGGAAACCCUUAUUAUGAUAGUGUGGGAUCACUAGGUGUUGGAACUUUGCUGGGAACUGUGUCAGCAUUUCUAAUCUACACUAACACUGAGGCCCUACUGGGACGGUCUAUUCAACCUGAACAAGUGCAGCGACUCACCGAGUUCCUGGAAAGUGAUCCUGUAGUAAGAGCAAUUCAUGAUGUUAAAGCCACAGACAUGGGAAUGAGCAAAGUGAGAUUCAAAGCAGAAGUAGACUUUGAUGGACGGGUUGUUACUCGUUCUUACCUGGAAAAGCAAGACAUUGAACAGCUGCUACAAGAAAUUCAACAAGUGAAAACCCUAGAAGAAUUAGAAGCCUUCAUGCUUAAACAUGGUGAGAAUAUAAUUGACACACUGGGAGCUGAAGUAGACAGACUUGAGAAGGAUCUAAAGCAACGGAAUCCAGAUGUUCGUCAUGUGGAUUUGGAGAUACUAUAGACUUGGCAGAAGAAAUCUUCAGAUCGCCACCAUUUUGGAAAGAAGUCAUCUAAAGGGCUGAAAAGCCUCUGAAAUUGCAGUGACCUCAGCACCAUACCUCGCUUACUUUUUCCUAUAGGCUUCCUGGACUGCUAGCACUGCUUCUGUUUCUGGAAGAGUGCUAGGCUUGCAGACAGAAAUUUCCGUGGCAAGAUCAGUUUUCAAAAGCUACAUGACUUAAAUUCCACAGGAGAGUCUGUCGGAGUGUAUUUACUGAAUUCAGUACUUAAGACUUGAGGUUUAGUUAGGCAAAUAGAGCUGCCUGAAAAUAUACAACACACUUAGUUUUUCGUUUGUGUCCCUUUGCAGUCAGUUUGCACUUCUUCAGUUUCUUUCAAGAUAUCAUUAAAGGUUCUUGGGAGAUAAUAAGAUUAGCUAGGAAGAGUUUGUUCCAGUGGAACCUGCCAACCUUAAACUAAUUGUAGUAUUUCAGCUGCGUGAUUGUUUCACAGUUUUUCUUUUCUGUG